AUCAGAUCCCUCCGCAUUCUUGUUUUCUUAAAAUUGUUUACUCAUUUGCAUGUGUUAGAUAUCGGUAGCGUACGUAAACAUUUCUAUCCUAAUCGAAUCAUCAGCUUGGGUGAUCCAAUAAAAAUAAUGAACCUGAAAUUCCACAAGGCAGUUCAGUAGGAAACGUGAAGCCGGUUGUUGGUGAAUAUGUGGUUCUCAGUUGAAAUACUGUGCUUGUUUACCUUCUUCAUCUAUACUCAAGCACAAAAUCGAUGUACAACACCAAAUGGAGAUAGUGGAAGAUGUAUAUCCGUUUAUUCAUGCCAGAUUUUACUGAACGUGGUUAGAAGUAAAGAUCCAGAACAAAUACGAUUUUUGAGAGAGUCUCAGUGCGGGUACUCGUCGAAUCCUCUGGUGUGCUGUGGUAGAUACGACAACUUUCAAAAACAAACGACAAACACUUGGGGAGAGGACCGUGGAAGUGAUGAAGAUGUGGACAAAAUCAACUAUGGAAACGGUGAUGACGAUUAUAGAGUGAAUAACAACAACAACAACAACAGGAAUAGAGAUCAAUACAAUACCAAUCAGAAAAAUAAUAAUGGAAGAAAUAGGGACUUACUACCGAACAGAACAGUUUGUGGCAGGCAAAGCCCCGAUAAGAUUUUAGGAGGACAAUCAACUUCACCGGAUGAAUUUCCUUGGAUGGCUCUUUUGCAAUACCGCAAGAAAAAUGGAGAUUCACCAUUCUCUUGUGGAGGUUCAUUGAUUUCGUCAAGAUAUGUUCUAACCGCGGCUCAUUGUGUGACUGGAAAAAUAUUAUCAGCUGUCGGAAAAUUAUAUAGUGUGAGGCUUGGAGAAUGGGAUACCGAAACAGAUCGAGACUGUCAAACUGUUUAUAAUUUCCAAUCUUGCAACGAUCCUCCAGUCGACGUAGAAGUUGAAAGAGCAUUCGCACAUUCCGGAUACAGCGAUACUAACGUGAAUCGUUACAAUGACAUUGCUCUUGUCAGGCUCAAGGAAAAUGUAGAAUUUUCGAAUUUCAUAAAACCAAUUUGUCUGCCAUCAUCGAGCGAUCGUUCGCGUUUGGGAGAUGAACUCUACGUAGCCGGAUGGGGAAGAACUGAAAAUAGUGGCCAUAGCGCCAAAAAACUUAAAUUGAAAGUCCCAAUAGCUAGUACUGAUAAGUGUUUAGCAAAAUUCAGAUCUGCAGGAGUCUCAUUGAGUGACAAACAAAUCUGCGCAGGUGGUCAAGCAGGCAAAGAUUCGUGCAGUGGAGACAGCGGGGGACCUCUAAUGAGAACCUUCAGCACGGAUGGUGCUCAAUGGUAUGUUGAAGGUGUAGUAUCAUUUGGGGCAAGUUGUGGAAGAGAAGGUUGGCCUGGAAUUUACACUAGGGUCUCUGAAUACGUUGAUUGGAUCAAAGAAAGUGUGAAGGAAUAAAUGUCCCAUUUGACGACCAUUGAACAUCUUCAUAUGUUGUCCAGUCAAGUCAACUGAAAAGCUUACAGUAUUUAAAUAAUGACGUCGUAAUGAAUUCGAGUGUUUCGCUGUGAAUUGUUAUUUGUAUAUAGAUGAUCAUACUACAUGUAUCUUUUAAUAUAAUUUUUUUAUGAA